AUGCCAGCACGCCACCAUAUUAUACUGCAGGGCAACCUCAACCACUGCGCAAGGGCACAGGACCUAUUGGUCCAGGCCAUGGCGGAGUGGGGGGUCGCGGUGGCUGCUGUGGCGGAGCCAUACUUUGUCCCCCCGCGGGGGAAUUGGGCGGGGGAUCAGGAGGAGACGGUGGCCAUAGUGGCGUCGACUGCCGGAAACUCCCCCCCUCUAGUGGUGAAGGAACGCGGGUCAGGGUUCGUGGCGGCUAGGUGGAUGAGAAGUCAUCCUAAUUGGGGUGUACUUCUCUCCAAACCGCUCCCUGGCCCAAUUCCAGGCAUUCCUGGGGACCCUAGAGAGGGCGGUGAGGAGGGCAGCUCCGACACCGGUGUUGGUGUUGGGGGACCUCAACGCCAAGAGCGCUGCGUGGGGUUCUCCGGUCACCAAUGCCAGAGGGCCAGAGUUGGAGGAUUGGGCGGCAGCCUUAGGGCUGGUCGUCCUCAACCGAGGCCAUGCCAACACGUCCUGGAGGACGAGGAGACCCUCUCCGAUCACAAAUAUAUACGGAUGAGGGUCUCCCAUACGCCGCCCACGACGGCCUCCAACACGGCCCCCGGGAGGGGCUUUCCCAAAUGGGCACUCACCCGCCUGGACCUUGAGCUCGCAGAGGAAGCAGCCAUGGUCCAGGCGUGGUGCCCCCCCCUACCGGCCACCGUCGACGUGGAGCAGAGGGCGGUCAAGUUCAGGGAAGACUUGACCGCCGUCUGCGAGCGGGCCAUGCCCAGGGUCAGAGGGACCCCGGGCAAAAAGAGUGUGUACUGGUGGACCGCGGAGAUUGGGGACCUCCGCACCGCCAGGUGCGAGGCAGGCCCUGAAGGUCGCAAUAGGACGGGCCAAGGACUCGAAAGAAGAGUUCGUGCGAAAGAGGAGUUCUUGGCCACCCUGGACGCGGACCCAUGGGGGAGGCCGUACAAAGUUGUGCGCAACAAAAUGUACGGCGCAUCUCCCAUGGACUCACUGGAGCUGGAUCUCCUCAACCGGGUGGUGGAGGGCCUUUUCCCCGAACCGCAGCCCUUCACCCCACCGGCCAUG